UCAUCCAGUCCAACUCCAGCCCCCCCAAGGUGUGGUGUUGUUGUAUCUUGUAUCAGCUGAUCAAGACUAGGACACCAUGCCAUUCUUCUUCUUCUUCUUCUUAUUGGAUUACAAGGCAAGGCAAGACAAAGAGUAGACCGUCUCCAUCCGUCCAUCCACCGCCACCUUACCAACCAACUCACUCACCGAUGGCAAUGGAGAGUGAAAGCGACCAUGGCACCGCCGUGCGUGCGUCUUGCGGUUACAUACGUGGCCCCGCCGCCGACACUAACAGCAUCCCAACCACCUUCGGACCCUCUCCUUCCUCCUCGCUCAUUUCUUCUUCUUCCUCCUCGCCGGCCUCUCUCUUCACGCGCAUGCACUCCAGGCACCUACCUACGUACGUACCUAGCUGCUGGGACGUGGCCGGCCGGACGUCCGUCGUGGUGCGGUGAUCGGAUCCGAAGAUGGAGUACGUGGCGGUGGCGCGGUCUCUGACUCCGAUGAGCCGCAGGACUCGCCAUGCUCACCGCCUCCAGCUCGUCGCCGAUCCUCCUCUGCAGGCUCCUCCUCCUCCUCCUCUUCCUCCUCCGUUGCAGCCAACGACGGCGGGCAUCGGCAUCGGCAACGGCGUACAUGUGCAGCAACAACAACACAGCCAGAGGCGCAUGGAUCUUGAGCAAGGGCCAACGACGGCAGGCAUCGGCAACGGAAACCACAACGGCGUGCAGGUGCAGCAACAACAGAGCCAGAGGCGCAUGGAUCUUGAGCAAGAGGUGGCGGAGCUGAAGCAGCAGCUGAGCAACGAGCAGAUGGUGCACCACAUCCUCGAGCGCGCCCUGCACGCCCCGACAAAUUCAUCAACCUCGGCGCGCUCCGUGCUCCUCAACAUCCCGGCAUUCAUCCCGGCCAAGGCCAAACAGCUGCUCGCCGAGCUCGUGCUCGUCGAGGAGGAGAUCGUGCGCCUCGAGUCGCAGAUCCAUACCAUGAAGGGAAGCCUGAACCUCUCGCAGCAACAACGAGCAUCGGUUGCAAUGGCCUCCAACACGUGCUCGUACCCGCCAAGUGUCCACACCGACAACGGCAAUGGCAACCCGCCAAGCAUCUACACUAACAAUAGCAGUGGCAAUGGUCGAGUCAGCAAUGGAGGAGCAGCUACACGCACCACGGCGCACUCGGCUCCGGCAUCGGCUCGUCAUGGCAACAACAAUGUCAACGGAGGAGCUACGCCUACGACAGGUAACGGCACGCCAACGCACACAGCGCCGACGUUGGUUCGUCAAGCCUCGGGUCAGGUGGCGCCGGAGAUAAAGUCCAUGUUCUUCAUCAGCCAGGCCAUGAACGCCGAGUACCUCCAGCGCCACCUCGCCGCCACGGCCACCGACGACAAGCCGGCCAAGAGCCCCAGAGAGCAGGCGAGAGGCUCCUCUGGAUCCGCCGCCGUCAGCCCGAAGCUCAACGGUAACAUCUUUGGCCUCCCGCCAAGAAACUCCCUUGAAAAGCAAUCGGAGCGAGCACCCCAAAAACCUCCGAGAGUCUCCCAAGAAGCAUCGCCUCCGGCACUGGCGCCGGCGAAGAGGGACGAGCAGAGCAAGGCCCAGCUGCCGAACAAGCUGUCGGAGCGGAUCGUGAAGUGCCUGGCGGUGAUCUUCAUCAGGCUGCUCCGGUCGUCGCGGGUGGCGGAGAUGGAGAAGUCCGGCAACCUAGCCAGGUCCGGGAACCUGCAGGGGAGCUUCCGGAUCGACGCGGUUCUGAACGUGGCGGCGGCCAAGGAGAAGGAUCAGAGGGGGAAGCAGGACCACUACGGCAUCUUCGCGGUGCCGGACUCGGUGGUCCGGGACAUCGGCCCCUACAAGAACCUCGUCAGGUUCACGUCGAGUGCUUUCGAUCUCAGAGGGUUCUCCAGCUCCACUCUCCUCACCAAGCUGAGGGAGAUGUUGGAGGCCUUGCAGCAGGUGGAUUUGAGGUUUCUGACGCACCAGCAGAAGCUAGCGUUUUGGCUCAACAUUUACAACACAUGCAUCAUGCACGGAAUCCUGCAGCAUGGUUUGCCCUCAAACUCUGAAAAGUUGCUGGCACUGAAGAACAAGGCAACCAUCAAUGUUUCAGGGCAGAAGUUCAAUGCUCUGGUGAUUGAAAAUUUCGUCUUGAGGCAGCCAUCCAGUGUGAAAGAAGAAUUCUGGAAGUGCGAUGUCGAUGUCGAAGAGCAGCAGGUGAGGGGUCUCUAUGGAUUGAACAGUUCGGAGCCAAACAUUCUGUUCGCGAUGUGCUGCGGCACCAGAUCUUCGCCAGCACUGAGGAUAUACAAGGCGGACCGCGUGAUGAUGGAUCUGGAGAAGGCGAAGCUGGACUACCUGCAAGCAUCGCUGGUGGUGACCUCGACGAGGAGGCUGAUGAUCCCGGGCCUGAUACACUCCAACAUGCACGACUUCGCCAAGAACAUGGAGUCGCUGCUCCGGUGGAUCUGCGACCAGCUCCCCACAUCUUGGUCGCUCAGGAAAUCCAUGGUGGACUGCCUCAGGGGACACCAGGGCCACCUCAAGGUUGAAGACGUCGUGGAGGUGAUCCAAUAUGAUUAUGAGUUUCAGUACCUGUUGCCCAUGUGAACAUGGAUGCUAUUGUUGUAACUUAAGUGGCACCGCAUAAACGGCGUACAGAUUUCCUUGUAUAUAUUGUUGUCUUAGAGGUGGAAAAAGGUGGUUUCAUGCAUAUAGUUUUUGGGAUGAAAAUCUUUAUUUUUGUAUCAAAAUAAAAAAAAAUAGUUAUCAUUUCUUGUACGGUGAAUGGAGUAUUUGAGAGUACUUUGAGAGUACAUAAAAAACAUUGCCGAUUA